UAUUACUCAUACAUGUAAUACUACAACGAGUUUACCUACAGGACACAGUUUCAACAACAGUAAUUCAUAAUUAAUAUUAAACGUAUAACUAGCAUAUUAUAUCAUACAACUCAUCGUUUAAAUCACCGGAAUUGUUUUCAGAAGUUAUACUUAUAAAUAUUUUAUUUAAAAAUGGGAAAUAAUAUUUUUUUUAAAAAUACAUUAUUAAAAAUUACAUUAAUCGCCUUAUGCAUUUUAAACGCAUCAUCACAAAUGAUAAAAAAUCUUGGCUUGAACGAAGGUGAUAUAUGUCGUACAGCUCAAAGAUCAAAUGAAGAUUAUGUGUGUACUCAUGCAAGAGAUUGUAAAGCUUUUAAAGAAAGUAUUAUAACUCGUAAUUAUCUUGAUGUAUGUGAGUUCAUUGGUUUAGAGCCGAUAGUUUGUUGUCCGGCUAAUAAACAGUUAAUUGAAAUAUCUACAGAAACUAAUAAUGGAAAUUCAAUAUCUGCUGAUGAAAAAUGCAAUCAAUAUUUUCAAUUGAUACCAAAUAAGUUUGGAAUUACAGCUGUUGGUGGUACACCAGUUAAAGCAAAAGAAUUUCCACACAUGGCGUUAAUAGGAUAUGGUGACACCACAAAAGAUGGAGAUGAUUGGAGAUGCGGAGGUUCGCUGAUUAGCGAAAGAUGGAUAUUGACAGCAGCACAUUGUCAGAAAUUUGGUUCUUCGAUUAUGGCUCGAUGGGUCCGACUCGGAGUUAUAGACAGAGUCGUUAAAGAAGACAGUGUAGUUCAACCUAGGGACUAUCGAAUAGUGCAGCAUGUUAUACAUCCCGGUUAUAAACCACCUUCGCUUUACAACGAUAUAGCUUUGUUCCGGUUGGAAAGGGAUGUAGAAUUUUCUGAUGCAGUGCGACCAAUUUGUCUUAACUCGGAUCCGUCUAAUACACCUUUAAAACAGAUAUUAACUGGUUGGGGUAGAAUUUCAACAGCUGGGUCAGUAAGUGACAAUUUGUUAAAAGUAGAAUUGGAUAUUUACCCAAUAAAGCAGUGUAACGAAAGUUAUUAUUCAAAUAAUGAUAAAAAAUUAGAAUUUGGCAUAUUACCUGAUAGUAUGAUAUGUGCUGGUUCUUUUGAUGGUGAAAAAGACAGUUGUUCGGGUGAUUCAGGAGGUCCACUUCAAUUAGAACAUGAAUUCUAUAAGAAUAUGUAUACUCAAUACGGGAUUACAUCGUUUGGGAAAUUUUGUGCUGACAAGGAUACUCCUGGAGUUUAUACUAAAGUAGCUAAUUAUAUUACAUGGAUCGAAAAAAUAGCAUUUUUAAAUAUUAAAUUUGUAGGUUUUCCCCAGACGGUUACGGAUCUGAGAAUCCGUACACGAGUUAUACAAGUAUCACGAGAUGUCGAGAUUUGCGACCUGUGCACGCGGGCGAUGUACACACACUGUAGUCGAUUCAUUACGGCUAUAAAAAAUAUUCAAGGUGAUAUAUGUCGAAAAGGCCAAAGACCAGAACAAGAUUAUGUGUGCACGGAUGCAAGGAAUUGUAAAGCUUUACAAGAAAGUAUUAAUACUCGUAAAUAUCUUGAUAUUUGUAAAUUCAAUGGCUUACAACCGAUAGUUUGCUGUCCGAUAAUGGCUAACGAACCGUUAAUUGAAAUACCAGAAAAUAAUAAAAACAAUGCAAUAUCUGUCGAUAAAAAAUGUAAUGAAUAUUUCAAAUUAGCGAACACAGUACAAUCUGAAACUCCGUUGAAUACUCGAUCAGAGAAUGGUCCGUAUUUAGCUGUGGGCGGUAUACCAACUAGCAUAAAACAGUUUCCACACAUGGCGCUAAUAGGAUUUGGUGAAACCACAGAAAAUGGAGAGGAUUGGAGAUGUGGGGGCUCGCUGAUUAGUGAAAGGUGGAUAUUGACUGCAGCACACUGUCAACAAACAAAUGUUGGGAGUAUGGCUCGUUGGGCUCGCCUCGGAGUUUCGGAAAGAGUCGUUGAUGAAAGCAACUUAGAUAAACCUAAAGACUAUCAAAUAGUACAGCAUGUAAUACAUCCCGGUUAUAAACCACCUUCGCUAUACAACGAUAUAGCUCUAUUCCGUUUGGAAAGGGAUGUAGAAUUUUCUGAUGCAGUGCGACCGAUUUGUCUUAACUCAAAUCCGAAUUUAACACCAUUAAAACAGAUACUUACUGGUUGGGGACGAAUCUCAACGGCUGGACCUCUUAGUGAUAAUUUGUUGAAAGUGGAUUUAGAUAUUUUCUCGACAAAACAGUGUAAUGAAAGCUAUUUUUCAAAUAAUAAUCCAAAAUUACAAUUUGGCAUAUUGCCUGAUAGCAUGAUAUGUGCUGGUUCGUUUGAUGGUGAAAAAGACAGUUGUUCGGGUGAUUCCGGAGGCCCACUUCAAUUAGAACAUGACAAUUACACCGGAAUGUAUACACAAUACGGAAUUACAUCUUUUGGGAAAUUUUGUGGUGACAAGGAUACACCUGGAAUUUAUACUAGAGUAUCCAAAUACAUAGCUUGGAUCGAAAAAAUAGUUUUUUAAAUAUUCUUUUCAUUAUUUAGAAUGUGGUGGGAUAAACAAGCAAAACUGCUUAUUCGUAUUAUCAUAGUCACAUCAGUUUUACAACAGCAACAAUACAAAAAAAUGUAUUUUAAAAUUAAAUGCUCAUACUUUAAAACUUUAUUAGCUUUAAUAGUAUGUCUAUUAAUUUCUGGACAAAAAGCAGCAAAUAUACUUAAUUUGUACGAAGGUGAAAUAUGUAAAACAGAGAAGAACAACACUAUAAAUUCUGUCUGCAAACAACCAGAAAAUUGUACAUCGUUAGAACAGGACAUCCGACGCCAGAAUUUCCCGCCUAUAUGUUCCUUUAUAAAACAUAAGCCAAUAGUCUGCUGUUCACCCACAGUAACAGUCAACAUAACAAAUAAAAAGCCGCCCUUAAGCACUACCAAUACUUCAUCGUCAUACUCUGCCACUGAAAUGUGUCGCCAGUACUCGGAACUGGUUUAUGAAAAGGUUAACACAUCUUCAUCCAACGCGGGAUCGCCAGUGAAAAUUCUUGACUGUCACAAUGUAUUAACAUUGAUCGUUGGAGGCUCCAAAGCCGAGCCGAAAGAAUUUCCGCAUAUGGCACUGUUAGGUUAUGGGUCCAACAAGAAUGAACAAAGAGCAUGGGCUUGCGGAGGUUCGUUGAUAAGCAACAGGUGGAUCCUGAGCGCGGCACAUUGUAACAAAAAUUCUGAACGUUUGGUGAACUGGGCACGCCUGGGCGAAUUAAACAUCUAUUCAGAUAACAGUCCGGUUGACUACGAAAUCGUGGAGCGUGUGAUGCAUCCUAAGUACAAUCCGACUUACGUGUACAAUGACAUAGCGCUGUUCCGUUUGAGGGAAGAAGUUAAGUUUUCAGCGUACAUACGACCCGUGUGCCUAAACACAGUCCAAAAGUUUCGCUUCAAUAUAGCCACGGCUAUCGGCUGGGGUCGGACUUCGAACGAUGGGCCGAUUAGUUACGACUUGUUAAAAGUGGAUCUAGCUCCAAUAUCAAUUGGCUAUUGUAAGUAUAGUUAUCCUCCAAGUUCCAACCCGAGAAUAAACUUCGGAAUAAUCGAAGACAGCAUGAUAUGCGCUGGCGACAUUAGAGAUGGAAUCGACACAUGUACGGGCGAUUCUGGAGGUCCAUUGCUAGUCAAACACUCCAACUACCCGUGUAUGCAUACUCAAAUCGGCAUAACGUCGUUCGGGAAAUAUUGUGGCAAUAAGGACACACCGGGCAUCUACACCAGAGUGUCCUAUUAUAUUCCAUGGAUCGAAAAGAUCGUUUGGCCAAAAAGUUAAAUGAAAAUGAAACUCACCAGACGAUUUUUUAAAUAAAAAGGCAGAAAUGAUGUCUGAUAUAUUGUAGUGCGUAAGCAUGUUGUUAAUUAAGUCCAUUGUGGGAUACUUAAUUAAACGUAUGCACUCAAUAAUUAUGCCCUUAUAAUCUUAAUAAUGCUAAUUUUUAUACUUAGAUUAAAUUAAAAAUAUAUUAUUACUUAUUA